AAAACAUUGUGCUCUCUACAAAAAUUUCAUUACUUUGCACUUUGGAUUUGUGUGUUCUGACCAGCUGAAAAUAGAAUCCAAUAGUAGUUUUAUUACAAUGGAAAUAGAGUCGCUGGAAACUAACCAAGAACGAGAGACAAAUGCUCCAGAGGUAUGGGAAGAAGAAGAGGAAGACGAAGCAGCGAAGAAAGAUGAUGGCUCCACCAAGUUUCUUAAAGUGUUUGCCGUUAUAGCAGGUUGGGGCUCCACCUUUUUUGGAGUUGAUACUUCAGUUAUUGGAGGUGCAGCUCUAUAUGUUCAACCUGAUCUUAGUAUCUCCCCUUUACAAUGGUCCUGGAUAACCUCUGUUCCACUGUUAGCAGCUUGCUUUGGUUUAGGUACCUCGAUACCUCUUUGUUAUCAUAUUGGAAGAAAAUAUGUCGUCCUCUUGGCUGCUGUUCUAUAUCUUGCUGGAGCUACCAUGUCGGCCGCUGCAGAUUCCAUGGUGGUCUUGUUGGUUGGACGUAUUAUUCUAGGCUUAGGUAUGGGCUUGGAAGCCAUGGUUAUUCCUAUCUAUCUGGCAGAGUUGGUACCUAAACAACAUCGUGGUGGCCAUCUAAAUAUUUUCAACUCCUUACAAACAUUUGGUGGUUUCAUUGCUGCCAUCAUCGAUGGUAUCUUUCAGAAUGUUUCUGGAGGUUGGAGAUAUAUGUUAGGCUCAGGUGUUAUUGGACCUGCACUUCAAUUGGUUUUCGCUUUGUUCAUUCCAGAAAGUCCGAGAUGGUAUAUUCAAAAAGGACGAGUUGCAGAUGCAGAACGUUCAUGGAAACGUAUCCGUAAAGACAUGCCAAAGACCAGGAAGGAAUUCUUGGAACUUAAAGAAAAUGUUGAGAAUGAGAUGAAAGAAGCAAAAGGAUCCAUGAAAGUCAUUCAUGAAAUUCUGACGAUUCCUAGAAUCCGUGCAACAUUUGUGAUUGGUGCUUUGAUAUCUUUGGCACAGCAGUGGAAUGGGGCAACUGCUAUUGCUUAUUAUUUACCAACACUUAUUUCUCAAAUGGGAGUAUCAGUAAAGAAUUCAGUAUAUGCUAAUAUUCCUAUUUACUUUUACAACUCUUGUUGUACGCUUCCUUCUUUCUUCUUAUUUGAUCGUUUUGGAAGAAGGCCAGUUCUUUUAAUUACUAUGCCUAUUCUGAUAAUAGGGCUUAUUAUUUCUGGAUGUUCGUUACAGGCAUCAACCGUUGCUUCACGUUCUGGAGGAUUCUUUGUGGGAUUGGCUCUUUACUAUGUUGGUUAUCAAAUAGGCGUAUCUCCUUUGGCAUGGGCCAUCAACGGUGAAAUCUACGAAUUGCACGUGCGAAAUUGGGGAAUGUCAUGGGGUGCUGCAAUCCUAUUGGGUUCUGCAUUUUCUGUGAGUUAUACGUUUACCAGACAAGUACGAGCAUUUACGAAAACUGGAGUAUUUGGUUUAUAUGCAGGGUUUACUCUGAUAUUCUGGUUUAUACUUAUUAUAUUGAUGCCGGAGACCAAUGCUAGAACACUAGAAGAUAUACGAAACAUAUUUGAUGAAGGACUUGUUGGUUUGGCAAAGUACAAUUGGAGCCAAACAAAAGCAUGGGUGAAUACGAAACUUGGAAAGCAAAAGAAAGAAGACACCAAAGAAUCCGAUGAACUUCCCAACACAUCUCCACUAGUAAUAGUGCAGGAGAAAGCUUCUGCCAAGGAAGAUGAGCCAGCAUUGGCUACCAUUCAACAAAAUGCAUAAUACAUCACUUUAUGUGGUAUGAGAUGGAUGCUUUAUUGAAUGUUUUGUGAUUAAAGUCUUUUCGUAUCAUGAGUUCAAGUCAAAUAAAUAGACUUUAAAUUGAAAUAUUUAUUUGGUGCAAACCUUAUGACAUGGCGGUAUCGUCCAUGAUGACUGAUUGGGUAGAUGACAGUUGUUCUC